GUCGUCACGAUGUCAUAAAGGUUCAUCGAAGCAUAACAAAGAGAAGGGACGAGGGAGAGUGAUCAGAAUCACAGAAUCAGAAAACACGGCCUUCAUCUCUAUAGUCUGCGAGGUCCAUCAAUGGCGGAAGAUCUGGUGCUAGACACUGCGAUCAGAGACUGGGUGCUGAUCCCACUUUCGGUGGUGAUGGUCCUCAUCGGCGUACUCCGUCACUUCGUUGCCAAGCUCAUGCGCUCUAACCAAGUCCCCGAUGCCAAAAUCGUCAAAGAAGGGCAAGUGGUCGUUAGGGCUCGGAAUUUACGUGCCAGCGCUAACUUUAUUCCUCCCAAGUCGUUUCGUGCUCGCAGACUCUAUUUUAGCAAUGAGGAAAAUGGGCUAUUGUAUGUUCCUAAGGGCCAGGCUCAAAAUGCCCAGGCACAAAUGUUCUCUGAUCCAAAUAUGGCUAUGGAUAUGAUGAAGAAAAACCUUUCAAUGAUUAUUCCCCAGACUCUUACUUUUGCAUGGGUCAACUUUUUCUUCUCAGGAUUUGUCGCAGCUAAAAUACCAUUUCCAUUGACUCAGAGGUUUAGGUCAAUGUUACAGAAUGGAAUUGACUUGAGUACCGUGGACGUUAGCUAUGUCAGUAGCCGCUCAUGGUAUUUCCUCAAUUUGUUUGGACUAAGAGGUUUAUUUAGUCUCAUUCUGGGAGAAGAAAAUGCCACAGAUGACACACAGCGUAUGAUGCAAAUGAGUGGGUUUGGCUUUGAUCCAACAAAGAGUUUGGGGGCUGAGAAAGACAGUCUCGACAUAGUUCAGCAUGACUGGGCCCUACCCAAAUUUGAGCAACGUGCUGAAGCGGUUUUGAGAAAGGCUCUCUGAUGAGGAAUGGCGUCUGCUGAUUCACGAGGUUGUACACAGCACAGUUUUUUUCCCCCCAUGUUGUUACCAACAUCUUGAGUACCAUGGGGACCAUGGCUCCACAGCUCUUUCCCCCAUGUUUUCAGUUCUAAUCUUUAGGUGUACUCCUUAAAAGGAUAUUGGUGGCGCCUCCCAAAACUCUCACAACAGCAUGAUAAAUCAUCCCCAAGGGUUUAUCUUUAUUCUAACACUUCAUUUCUAUUUAACAUUCCAAAGCUUCAUUUGGAAAACAAUUCUAUGGAUUCAUUUUAUUUGCAUCUGAAUAUGAAAAACAUUGUCUUUACGGUCUCCAAUCCGCAUUCGGAUUUA